AACGUGGUCAUACAAAGAUGUCUCCUUAGGAGUUAAUUAUAUUGAUGCACUUGAUCAUGCCUAUCUAACUUAUAGGCUUACGUCAAUUUGCGAAGAAUGCAUGGGAUUUGCAAGAGUGAGGGAUCAACUAUACCAACUCUUUGAUAGGGAUCGAUUAACACAUAUCAGAGAGUGUUUGGAAGGAGUCCGAUACCAAUUGAAGGAUCAUAAUAGCACAAUCUAUCUCAAAAAUAGAUUGAAUGUUAUCGUUUUGAGUGAUGUUGUCACAAGUGAGAUGGUAAGUAUUACUCUCCUAAUUUUGAAUGAGGGGGUCAUCGGUAGAAGGGAUGUACCCAAGUAA